UGUUUCGUGCUCGUUCCUUUGUCUCUUUGUGAUUCCUUUGCCCCAACAAUCCCGUAGGCUGUUGGCGCCACGUGGCACGAGCCCACCUCCCCAAUAGCGCAGGAAUUCAGCCUUUUUGCGCUUAUAUAGGCCUUGUGGUUGCAUAUUCCAGUUCUUGGUUGGGGAUGGGGCCUUUUACAUUCGGUCAAGGUUCUGCCUCUCCGAUUUCCUAACCGUUCCCGCUGUUCUUGCUCCGACUGGGUCUCUUUUUGGCUCGAUCGAUUGCUGAACCGUGUGAUUGAAAAGUCAGGUCCUUUGGGCUUUCAUCUUGAGUGUGGAUGAUUGGCGGUCACAGUUCUUGUCUUGUUGAUUGUUUUCGGUUCUGGGAAUUUCAGUUCUUGUCCUUUGGCUCGACCGCAGAAUCUUGCAUGCUCUGCCCCGAGUAACGUAGAGAUUUGAGUUCGAAUCCGCGAUAAUGGUGACCAAGACAGUGGAUCUCCGUUCCGACACUGUCACAAAGCCCACUGAGGCCAUGCGAGCGGCCAUGGCCAGUGCCGAGGUGGACGAUGACGUCCUCUGCUUCGACCCCACGGCCGUCCGGCUAGAGUCCACGAUGGCCAGGAUCACGGGCAAGGAGGCCGCGCUGUUUGUCCCCUCGGGCACGAUGGGGAACUUGAUUAGUGUGCUUGUCCACUGCGAGGUGAGAGGGAGUGAGGUGAUCCUUGGGGACAAUUGCCACAUUCACAUUUAUGAGAAUGGUGGGAUCUCCACAAUUGGGGGAGUUCACCCUCGUCCUGUGAAGAACAACGAGGAUGGCACCAUGGAUAUUGAUCGGAUCGAGGCCGCCAUUCGAGACCCCAGUGGGGAGAUUGUGUACCCGACCACUCGGCUUAUUUGCUUGGAGAAUACGCAUGCAAACUCUGGUGGUAGAUGCCUAUCUGUUGAAUACACGGAUCAGGUAGGAGAAUUAGCAAAGAAGUACGGUCUGAAGCUUCACAUUGAUGGGGCCCGCCUUUUCAAUGCUGCAACUGCACUAGGUGUUCCUGUAGAUAGGCUUGUCCGAGCUGCUGAUUCAGUCUCAGUUUGUUUAUCAAAAGGUCUCGGUGCCCCUGUGGGGAGCGUUAUUGUUGGUUCUGCAGACUUCAUUAAAAAGGCGAGAAGACUUCGGAAAACUCUAGGUGGUGGGAUGAGACAGGUCGGCAUCUUAUGUGCUGCUGCCCUCGUCGCUUUGCAAGAGAAUGUUGCAAAGCUGGAACACGAUCACAAGAAAGCUAGAGUUUUAGCAGAAGGUAUUAACCAAAUAAAAGGACUCAUGGUGGAUGUCGCUUCUGUGGAGACCAACAUCAUAUACUUUGACAUAGAAGAAGGGUUCCACAUGACUGUACCAAAGUUGUGCAAGAAGCUUGAAGAACACGGCAUUCUCGUGAUGCCUGAGACUGCAUCAAGAAUCCGGCUUGUCAUGCACCACCAGAUCUCGGCAAGUGAUGUACAGUAUGUGAUAUCAUGCUUUCAGAGCGCUAUGACUUGGGUCCCGGAAGAGAAUGGCAUGUGAAGGUGAAGAAGGAUGAUUAUGCUCUUCAGGAGAGCUCCUGUCUUCUUCAAUUUGUGUAAAGUUUGGUUGAACCAUUUGCACAUCAUAUGUGCUAUCGAUAUUUCCUGUCAAGUCUGCACUUCUCCGAACUUCAAAUUUAUCAGUUCAGUUUAGCUCAUUGUUUAUAAUAAUAUUAUCUCAAUCUUCAGUGGUAGAAGUGACUAUUAAGCAUUAUAUACUCAA